AUGUCGGUGAAGCAACGGCGACUCCAUACCGAUGUCUUUGUAUUAUGCAUGGAGCGGCUGGCGCAAACAAUUAAUCGGGAGUGCAGAUCAAUGGCAGUUUCAGAAGAAGAAUCUUCAUCCGCUUCGUCUUCACGGCCGCACUUGAAGAAUAACGCCGACGCUUUUUAUUUAGCCAAGACAGUCCUCAGAGGCAGCGUCAUUCUUCAGGCUCUCUGCGGUCACUUCCGCUUCCCCACCUCUCAAGAUGUUGUCCUCGGCAAGGAGACAUCGAUAGAGCUGGUGAUAAUUGAUGAAGAUGGCAUCGUUCAAUCCAUAUCUGAACAGCCGGUGUUUGGUACAAUCAAGGAUCUCGCCAUACUUCCCUGGAAUGAGAAGUACCAAGUGCAGAGCCCAAAGAUGCUGGGGAAGGAUAUGUUACUUGUCAUUUCUGAUUCCGGAAAGCUUUCGUUCUUAACGUUUUGCAAUGAAAUGCACAGGUUCCUCGUGUUAAGCCAUGUUCAAAUUUCUGGUCCUGGGAACUCGAGGCAUCAGGUUGGGAGGAUGCUAGCCGUUGAUUCCAGUGGCUGUUUUAUUGCUGUCAGUGCGUAUGAGGAUCAGUUGGCUAUUUUCGCACUUUCAAUGUCCCAAAGCGGUGAUUUCAUUGAUAAGAAAAUCUUCUGUCCUUCUGAGAAAGAUGGGCGCCUCAAAACUGCCAGAGGUACUACUAAUAUUUCUGGCACUAUAUGGAGCAUGUGUUUCAUAUCACAAGAUUAUCAUCAGCCUAACAAGGCGUGCAAGCCUGUAGUAGCCAUUCUUCUGAAUAGGUGGGGAUCUUUUUAUAGGAAUGAGCUUCUGUUGUUGGAAUGGAAUAUUGAGGAACAACAUGUCCAUGUGGUAUAUCAGUUUGCAGAAGCUGGACCUUUAGCAUAUCAUAUAGUUGAGGUCCCUCAUUUACAUGGAUUUGCCUUUCUGUUUAGGGCUGGUGAUAUUGUCCUUAUGGAUUUCAGGAACGUCCACAGCCCUUCUUGUGUCUAUAGGACAAGCUUAAAUAUCUCGCUAAUGGAGGACAAGAAACUUAGCAAUAUCAUAAGAAUACCUGAUAUUAUGGAUGAGGAAGGUAUUUAUAAUGUUGCUGCCUCUGCUUUGCUGGAGCUUGGUGACAUAAAUAAAAGUGACGAUCCAAUGAAUAUUGAUGAUUAUAGUAGCGUGCAACCUAGUCGCAAUCAUGUAUGCUCAUGGAGUUGGGAACCUAGUUCUGAACACGGUCCUAGGAUAAUAUUUAGUAUUGACUCUGGAGAGUUGUAUGCUAUUGAAGUGCUUUUUGAGACUGAUGGGCUCAGAGUAAAUUUAUCAGAUUGUCUUUAUAAAGGCCUACCAUCCAAUGCCCUGUUGUGGCUUGAUGGUGGUUUUGUGGCUGCCAUUGUUGACAUGGCUGAUGGGAUGGUCUUAAAAUUUGAAGAGGGAUUUCUACAAUACAAAAGCCCUAUUCAGAACAUUGCACCAAUCUUGGAUAUGUGCAUUGUUGAUUAUCCUAAUGAGAGACAUGAUCAAAUAUUUGCCUGUUCUGGGAUGGCAUCCGAGGGAUCCUUGCGGAUUAUUCGAAGCGGCAUAAGUGUUGAAAAAUUGUUAAAAACUGCUCCAAUUUAUCAAGGUGUAACUGAUACAUGGACCAUCAAAAUGAAAUUUUCCGAUCCUUAUCAUUCUUUUCUUGUACUAUCAUUUGUUGAGGAAACCAGGGUUCUUUCUGUUGGUCUCAGUUUUUAUGAUGUAACUGAAUCAGUUGGUUUUCAGCCUGAUGUCUGUACAUUGGCUUGUGGUAUUGUGGCUGAUGGCGUGCUUGUCCAAAUUCACCAAUGCGGAGUUAAACUUUGUUUGCCUGCUGGAACUAGUCAUUCCAAUGGCACUCCUUUGUCAUCUCCAAUAUGCACCUCAUGGCUGCCUGAUAAUAUGACCAUAAGUCUUGGAGCUGUCGGCCAUGACAUGAUAGUUGUGGCAACAUCAAGCCCUUGCUUUUUAUUCAUCCUUGGCGUUAGAUCUUCAAUGGAAUAUAAUUAUGAAGUUUAUCAGAUACACUGUGUAAAAUUACAGAACGAGUUGUCGUGUAUUUCCAUACCUCGAAAGGACCUCGGACUGAAUCGUGUUUUGAUGGGUUAUGCAGCUGACAACCAUGUGACAUCAUUUGCCUCUGGAAACCAUUUUGACUGUUUGUUCGUUAUUGGUACUCAUAAACCUUCGGUAGAAGUUGUAUCCUUUACACGUGAUAAGGGACUUCAAGUUCAUGCCAUAGGAAUCAUUUCAUUAAUGAACACCAUGGGAACUACUAUCAGUGGAUGUGUCCCCCAAGAUGUAAGGCUUGUCUUAGUUGAUCAUUUGUAUGUCCUGUCAGGACUGAGAAAUGGAAUGUUACUUAGGUUUGAGUGGCCUAGUGCUGCUAAAUUAUCUACAUCUGGACCACCUGGUCCACAAACUGUUGCUAGUUCCAGCGCAGUGGACCUCCAUGUGUUGUCAAAUUCAGAAUCUCCAAAUAAUAAGGUGUUCCUGUACAAAACAUGUGGCAAGACUGAAAGAGAGUUACCUGUAAAUCUUGAGCUUAUUGCUGUACGCCGUAUUGGUAUUACACCCGUUUUCUUGGUACCACUGAGUGAUGCACUUGAUGCCGAUGUGAUUGCUCUCAGUGAUAGGCCUUGGUUAUUACAGAGUGCAAGGCACAGCCUCUCUUAUACAUCCAUCUCCUUCCAGCCUUCCACUCAUGCAACCCCUGUGUGUUCAGUUGAAUGCCUCAGUGGAAUUUUAUUUGUUGCAGAUAACUGCCUGCAUUUGGUGGAAAUGGUGCCAAGUAAGAGACUUAAUGUGCAGAAAUUUCAUCUUGGGGGCACUCCAAGGAAAGUUCUAUAUCAUAAUGAAAGCAGAUUGUUGCUUGUCAUGAGGACAGAACUAGAUAACGAUUCAUGGUCGUCUGAUGUUUGCUUUGUGGAUCCUUUGAGUGGUGCUAUCUUUUCAUCUUUUAAAUUUGAACCUGGGGAGACAGGUAAGUGCAUGGAGUUUGUAAAAGUUGGAAAUGAGUACGUGCUGGUGAUUGGAACUAGCCUAUCUGCUGGACCAGCUAUAAUGCCUAGUGGAGAAGCUGAAAGUACUAAAGGCCGCCUGGUGGUUCUCUGCCUUGAGCACAUGCAAAAUUCAGACAGUGGUUCUGUUACCCAACGAAAUUCACCUGGUGGUGGCUAUGCUGCAGAGCAAUUUUCUAACAGUAGUCUCUGCAGCAGCCCAGAUGAUAAUAACAGCUGUGAUGGAAUCAAACUUGAAGAAACCGAAGCUUGGCAUUUUCGCUUAGCUUUUUCAACCCCCUGGCCAGGGAUGGUCAUUGCUGUCUGUCCUUAUCUUGACCGUUAUUUCUUAGCCUCUGCCGGUAAUUCUUUUUAUGUUUGCGCGUUUCCAAAUGAUAACACUCAAAGGGUGAGAAGAUUGGCUGUGGGCAGAACUCGGUUUACUAUUAUGACUCUGACUGCACAUUUCACCAGGAUAGCUGUUGGUGAUUGCCGUGAUGGUGUUCUUUUCUAUUCAUACCAAGAGGAUUCGAGAAAACUGGAGCAAGUUUAUUGUGAUCCUGUUCAGAGGCUUGUUGCUGAUUGUGUUCUUGUGGAUGUUGAUACUGCCUUCAUUUCAGAUCGGAAGGGAAGCAUUGUUGUCAUGUCAUGUGCAAAUUAUUUAGAAGAUAAUGUAAGUCCAGAACGCAACUUGACUCUAAGUUGUUCAUAUUAUAUGGGUGAGAUUGCCAUGAGCAUGAGAAAGGGAUCAUUCUCAUACAAACUCCCAGCUGAUGAUAUGUUGAAGGAUUCUGAUGGCGCUAAUAAUAAUGUUAAAUCGUCGCGCAACUGUAUCAUGGCAUCAACGCUAUUGGGGAGCAUAGUAACCUUCAUCCCAGUGGCAAGAGAGGAAUAUGAGCUAUUAAAACAUGUCCAGGCUAGGCUAGUGGAGAACCCUCUUACUGCUCCUAUUUUGGGAAAUGAUCACAGUGAGUUCAGAAGCCGUGAAAGUCGGGCCGGAAUACCCAAGAUGCUCGAUGGUGACAUUUUGGCGCAAUUCUUGGAGCUCACAAGCUUGCAGCAACAGGACGUGUUGGCACCUCCAACCACCAUUAUGUCCAGCUCCAAAUCAUCCACGCGAGUUAUGAUCUCCAUUCCCUUUGUGGCUCUUUGCUCUGCUCCCAAAGCAUGGAAAUUUGUUGACUGGGCGUUAAGCAGAUUGAGUUUCAAUGAUUAUGAGAAAUGUACCCCCGUCAUCAUGUGGGCAAUGCAAAUCCUUGUACAGGGUCUCCAAAGUUUUGGGUUAUGGAAACAAGGCCAUUCUCACCCUACUUCCUUCUUACAACAAGCUCCUUGCCGUGAAUAA